UUGGUAUACCUACAGGAUGCGUGAUGAUCAAGAGUUAUAACUCUAACUUUGAUAAAUCUGCCACAAUCAAUAUUGUAGUGAAAUAUUACCAAAAUGUUGCUCAAAUUGUUACUUAAGUGAACUAAAGUGAAGUGUAAGCGUACAAGAUGAUGUUCCAAGUGAGUGUUUUAAUGACUUUCCUCCUAAAUGUUCUAAAUAUAAUCGAGGCGGGCAGGGUGCAAGCUGCUGUCAGUUUCCUAACAAAUGCCUCAUACCAGGAAAUAGAGCUUAAAUCCGAAUCCAGCCUAUCAUUACGGGACAUUUUGCCAGAAAAAGCCAAGUUCUAUGAUAAGAACCGGGCUCCCAAGUUGCAGGGACAGCCCACCAUAGUCUACUUCCAUGUCACGGUCCUGUCUCUGGACUCCAUCAAUGAAGAAAGUAUGACAUACGUAGCCGAUAUAUUCCUAGCACAAUCCUGGAGAGACCCUCGGUUACGUCUUCCAGAGAACAUGCACGAGGAGUACAGGAUCCUGGAUGUGGACUGGCUGAACAAGAUCUGGAGACCAGAUUGCUUCUUCAAAAACGCCAAGAAAGUUACAUUUCAUGAAAUGAGCAUACCUAACCACUAUCUGUGGUUGUACCAUGAUAAGACCCUGCUUUAUAUGUCCAAAUUGACUCUAGUGCUGUCAUGUGCUAUGAAGUUCGAAUCGUAUCCUCAUGAUACACAGAGCUGUUCCAUGAUGAUAGAGAGUUUAUCACACACGGUGCACGAUCUCGUUUUCAUCUGGAACCUCACAGACCCGCUGGUGGUCAACCCGGACAUCGAACUACCACAGCUGGACAUCUCGAACAACUACACGUCUGACUGUACCAUCGAGUACUCUACUGGUAACUUUACCUGCUUAGCCGUGGUGUUCAACCUUCGUCGUCGACUGGGGUACCACUUGUUCCACACGUACAUACCGUCUGCUCUCAUCGUGGUCAUGUCCUGGAUAUCAUUCUGGAUCAAGCCUGAGGCUAUUCCUGCUAGAGUCACGUUGGGAGUCACCUCGCUGCUUACUUUAGCAACCCAAAACACGCAAUCCCAGCAAAGUUUACCGCCGGUGUCCUACGUGAAAGCGAUAGACGUUUGGAUGUCCUCAUGCUCCGUGUUCGUGUUCCUAUCUCUCUUUGAGUUCGCUGUGGUCAACAACUACAUGGGACCCGUGGCUACUAAGGCUAUGAAAGGAUACUCGGAUGAAGACCUGUCUAGAGAUUUGGAUGCUUUUAAGCAUAUAUUCCCAACGACAGUGGACCCUCGAGCCAGUACAUCAGCAUCAAUCCCUCAAUACGAGACAUUCUGCAACGGGAGAGAGACAGCGGUCUACAUAGAUAGAUUCUCUCGGUUCUUCUUCCCGUUCUCUUUCUUUAUACUUAACGUGGUCUAUUGGUCUACUUUCUUGUGAUUUUACUUUAUUUUUAUCGUCACCCUCCUGCCUUAUCCAAUAUUUUUAUUUACUUCUUAUCUUGUUUGCUAAUCUACUUUCAGUCUCAGAGUGUUUUCACACUAGCGAUUUUUCCAUAGCGGACUUUCCGCAAGGUAAAAAAUCUGUCUCGCGGUUUUAAGUGUCAUCGUUUGAACAGGUAAGCAACUGUCAUUUGUUACAACGCGCGGAAAAACCGAACGGAAAACCUGCUUGUUUGAAAGCGCUCUUAGCUGUGUCCAUCCAUUCAAUAUUUGUUAAAUUGUUUUAAUUCAGACUUAUG